AUGGAUGUUAAUCAUAAUGUGUAUAGCAAGGAUCAUGAAAUUUUAUUCCAUAAUAGAUCAUCUCUGAAAAUUGGUGAAAUAGAAAGAUAUAUUAUUACUUACGAUCUGUAUGAAGGGGAAACUCUUCCGAGUGAUUUGACAUUGGAUUCCCUCUGGAUUAAAAUUAAAAAUGUUGAGGCGCUUUCCUACAGAGCAGCUUAUUUGAUGGGUCCAUACUCACUGUAUUUUGAUGUUAGAACACACGCAUAUCAUCAUUCCCAAACAAUUUAUGCCUCAGUAGAUCGACCCCAAUUCGCUUCAAAUCUUCAAGCUCAGCAGCACAGGAUUGCUGAAUUAUCACUGCAUAGAAUUCAAAAGAAAUAUGUUUGGACCAUUGACAUUGUAAGCCAGGUUCUCUUUUCUACUAAUACAAAUGUUACAUACGAAAUUACAGUAAGUAAUUCGGAGCAAUGUUUAAAAAUAAAUGAUUCGUCAGAUUUGAUUCCAAGCAUGGACUCGUUUUGCUCUCGAAUGCAUGUAUCUAAAAUAACGACAGCCGACAUUUGGAAAUUACCUCCCCAGCUUAUUCCUUCUAAGAAAAAGAAGCAUUUGGUCGUAUUAACCCAUGGACUACAUUCAAAUGUUUCAGCUGAUAUGGCCUAUAUUCAAGAACAAAUAUAUAAAAUACAAUCGCCGGAAGAUGAAGAACAGUAUGUGGUUGACGGCUACACAAAGAAUGUGUGUGAGACAGAAAAGGGUAUUAAGUACUUAGGUAGACGUGUUGCAGAAUAUAUCAUUGAUAAAUUGUAUGAUGAUUCUGUUUGCAAAAUAUCAUUUAUUGGGCAUUCAUUAGGUGGUCUUGUUCAAGCGUUUGCGGUUGUUUAUCUAGGAGCAAAAUAUCCCUGGUUCUUUCAGAAAGUUGAACCUAUUAAUUUCAUUACGUUAGCAUCGCCAUUAUUGGGUAUUGUUACAGAUAAUCCUGCAUAUAUCAAAAUCUUGUUAUCAUUAGGUGUUAUUGGUAAAACUGGUCAAGAUUUAGGACUACAAUCAAAUGACCCACAUGAAUUGCCUUUAUUAUAUUUAUUAUCUGGUGAACCAUUAAACACUAUAUUGUCUCAUUUUAGGAGACGAACUGUUUAUUCAAACGCCGUUAAUGAUGGAGUGGUGCCUUUGUAUUCCUCAUCGUUAUUAUUCCUUAAUUAUGAGGAUACUUUAAAGAAAAUGCAUGAAAUCGAAAAUAUGGUGCCAGAGAAUGUCUUGAUCCCUCAUAAUAUCCCUACUCUUCAACAAACCACAUCAUCAUCUUUUGACAAAUUUUGGAAAAUCUUGAACCCGAAUAAUAUUCUACAAACCCCAGAAACCAUCCCAAAAGUCUCACUCUUCGAGACUGCAUCAUCAAUUUUAUUACCUCCAGAUCCCGAUAUGACAUAUAUUACAAAACCAAAUUCGCGAUAUUUUGUUAUUGUUCAUGAUAAACUAUACUCACAGGAAGAUAUUCCACAAGAGGAUAGUAACGAUGACGCUAAUCUAAUGGAAAGCAAUAACGUCUUAUUACAGGCUUUCUCUAUGGGUAAUGAGCGCAAAAGAUAUCAAAAAUUAGAAGAAUUAAUUGCUCGUCGAUGGCAUAAAGGAAUAAUAUGGAGAAAAGUUGUUGUGGCAUUGAAACCAGAUGCACACAACAACAUUAUUGUCCGUAGAAGAUUCACAAAUGCAUAUGGUUGGCCAGUUAUAGAUCACCUAAUUGAAAAUCACUUUAUGCUAGAGGAUUCGACAGAACCGCACCACGAAGAGUUCGAUAUUCAAGACGUGCUAGACAGACAUGAUCUAUCGUGGAUUUUCAAUAUCAACGAAAGUAGUAUAUUUGAUCAAGGACCAACUGGUAUGAUCUCUACUGUGAAUGAUAUGUUUGACACAAUAUCAAAAAGAACAUUGGCCAAUCUAAGUAAUGUUAUAGAAGAAAAUGAAUUAAAUCCAGAGGAUGAUGUUGUCCGAUACGAAGAAAAAAAUAGUGACUUGUAUGGUUAA